AUGGAGUUACAUCAAAAAUACAUGCAGUGUGAACGCUCGUGUGAAGGAAUUUCUGGUGCCAUUCCUGGGCAAAAAAAAAUUCUCCGCAGCAAUCCGCUGUCAGUCGAAGUAGAAGGGUCUAAUUUAAAUGCUUUCCACUCUUCUUGCAGUAACCUUAAGAAGCCGUUCGACGUUUCGUACAAUCCGCCGUCUUCCGAUCACUUAAAUCACCCUCUAGCAGACAGCCACAGUACAACAAAGCUGUCACCAGCAAUUCAGAAGCAGAUGUCGGGAUUUGAACGUGCGUGUUAUGAGGACUUUCAGAUGUAUAUUCCAGAAAUCACCACAGAAACGAAAUUUGCAUCUCCAAGAAAAUUCUGUGAAGAGAGUGCAGACUUUGGUAUAGUUCAUCCAACCAUUAAUCAAGACUUUGCCUUAAACCAUCAUGCAAAUCCAAGCCAUCGAAAAAUUCUACCAAGUGAGACGCAUUGCCACUACAAUAAAACAGUGAUGCCUUUUACUUUUAAAAGUUCAACUAACAAGAUUCCCAGAUCACUUGGAAACUGCAGCUACAAUGUGACAGUACCCAGUGCGUAUAGAGAAAGUACAUCAUCAUGGCCUAUAGAAAACAAUAAAGAUUUGCAAUUUUCCCAUAGCUCAAGGCUACUCAAGGGUACGUCACAAGUUUUACCACUGAACAAUGCUGUCAGUCAUUUUGCACCACAGAAGCUGUGCCCAACUGUGAGCAUCCGUGUCGAUAUUUCUUGUCCUCUGUUGCCUUGCGGUCACAGCAGGAUGUCAUGCUGUUGCCAAGAUGCUUACGUUACAUCUCCUGAGCAAUCCAGUUAUAGUUACAUAUCAGGAAACUUAGGGCCGGGAAGUAAUGGAGUUAUAAUGUCAGACAACUGUCAGAGUUGUCCUGGAUCUUCUGAUACCAGGGUAAACUCUUUUGCUGGCACUCGCAAACUUAGUCAUGCAACGGAUCAUUCAAGAGGUCACAACACAGGCUUUACCAAAAGCCAGUGUAAAUCAAAUGACCUUGUUAAUACUAAUAAGAAGUCGUACCCUCAAAGAUUUGAGACUGUGACCAAAAGUGUGAUUGGAUAUCCACUAUCAUCAAGAGCAAACGAUCAUGCAAUUAACAUGUACAGCACCUCCAUGCAUAAUGGUAUCUCCAUGACUCAUUAUCAGCCACCCAGUCAAAAAAUGGAAAGUCAAAUCUACGAUUCUGUUAACUCCAGGGGAGAGAAACAUGAAAAUAAUAUAAUGCCAGCCAGGAGUAUGGGUUACUCUGCUGAGGAAAAUUCUUGUAUUUCAUCUGAUGAGCACAGUGUGAAAGUUACAAGUUUUCAGAAUGAAGGAACUCAAGGAAAUGAAAGGACCAUGUACUUUCCAAAAACUUCACUAACUUCUUGCCAUGACAUUGUAGAAUUGAGACCCAUUGAUCCAGGAAAGGUUUUUGGUCAGUGUAAGUUUCAAGACAGUGGUAACAUGGCCUCAGAUGAGCAAUGUACUUUUGCUGAAUCAGCAUGUCACAGCAAAAAAUGGCGAGUAGAUACAUGGAUGGCACUACAAGCUGACAAUCACAGAGAAAUCAAGAGAGAGACAGAAUUAAAUGAAUUAUUGUUGGAUGCGCCAUUGAACCAGCCAUUAUCUCCUAUUGCAAAUCUUUCCAGUUUGGUAGCAAAAAUUGACCCUGAGCAUGGAAACAUUAUGACAGGACAAAAGAACAUAAAAGUGGAAGGUUAGGUUCUGUUUUUCAUAAUUUUCAACCCUUUAAGCAUAAAGAGUGAUCAACAUCAAUUCUCUUCUAACAAAAUCAUAUAGAUACUCAAGAGAUUAGGUUAUGAGAAUUUAUAAAAUAAUCACCCAAGGGGGAAAGUACUUUGAUCUUUUACCAAAUUUUUGAAAGUAAUUUUUGAGGGAAAUGAAAAUUUAAACAUAGAAAGACUUGAGAGAUUUUGGGAGUAAGAAUAUUACAGUCUUGUUUUUUCCUGAUACCUUGCGGACAUUUUUUAGUGUUUACAUGUUGAUAUGAACCUAACAAUGCAUGAGGAAUAAUCCUUAUCAUGCUAUAAACAACCCACAUAUUCAUUCUUGUUUUCUGCGUAUAGGUCAGAGAGGUGAUAUGAUAACCAAGAGGCGUUCUCACUGUGUUUGCCCCAAUUGUAUCAGUGGUCUGAACAGUGCAACACGAAACUUACAUCAGAGGUCACACAGCUGCCACUAUCCUGGCUGCGGCAAGGUACACUUCAUAAUAAUAUAAUAUAGCUUUGAAAGGUAGAAAUUAACGCAUCUGUUGAAAGACCUUUCUCAAUCCUGGGGGUUGGAGAGGGGGUGGGGUGCUCUAUAUAUUUUUGAGUGAGAGUGUGCCUCUGGAAGUAUGAAACCUAGUCAGCUUUCAAUCAUGUUGCAGUCUGCCACAAACUGUUACAGAUUAUAACAUCGCUAGAAAAUUUGCCUAAUCAAAUUCGAUAGCGUGAGCAUGCUACUCUGAUGAUGUCAAUAAACUUUUCCUCAAGUUGUUGUGAGCAUAGCAAUCCUCUCAAGAUGUCUCCCAAAUGCAUCCAUAACUCAGCGGUAAAAUUAUGAAGCAUUUACCAUGUGUUUUAUAAGGUAAUUAAAGAGAAAACUUUUGAAUUUGUUAACCGAUAGUAGGGAAAAGAGGUUAGUGUUGUUGUUGUCAUAUCCGCGAGCUGUGCAUGUGCAGAUCAUUCUUUGCAAAAAUGUUUCUCUCAAAAAUAAUUUUUAUGUGAAUUUUCCAGCACCUCAAUAUGGAUUUUACAAUCUUUUUCGAAUACACUUAGUAGUGACCCACACCGGUAAUCAUUUAUGACUAUUAAUGCAAAGGAUCAACCUUGGCGUUAAGGGAAAACUAUUUGCAUCAUCUGUAAUCAUUUUUUUGUUCACAGGUUUAUGGAAAAACCUCUCAUUUGAAGGCUCAUUUGCGUUGGCAUAAGGGAGAAAGGCCAUUUAUUUGUAGCUGGGUAAGUUGCAGUUGGAUAGAAAUGAUAGUGGGUGCUCUGUUGCUGUUUAGAAGCAUAAAAAAUACUUCUGUUUAUUAGUUUACAGACAACCCUGGGAAAUUUGAAAACCCUCCUUAGCUUAGUAUCAUAUUAUUUCUCAUGUGGUGCCUUUUUUAGGAGGAAAGAUUUUGUUAAGGAUUUUUUGGGAGUCAGUGGAAGGCAUAACCAUGGUAGCCUUCUAGUCUCUUAUGAAUGCAUCCACCCCAGGCGGGGGAAAAGAAUUUUGGGGGUUUGAAAUUUUGAUUCCAGGAUUAUUUUGGGUAGGAAAAUUUAGCAAGUACUUUUGGUUGGCUUUAUUUAAGUAGGGGUCUUUUGGGUAUUCAAAACAAUCUGAUUUGAUUUUUGGUAUGUGUACAUUGUAGUGCCAUGGUAUGAUGAAUAAACAAACUCAAACAUUCUAUUUGUAAUGUUUUUGUUUUGUGUUGUAUCAUUGAAUACUUUCUGGAAAUUUUUAACGCUUGGAAAUUUGGUGUGGGAUUUUUUGGGAGUUAUUUUUGGUCCGGGAUUUUUGGGGUUUUCUUGGAAACCGUAGGGGAUUUUUUUGGGUUUUGAUAUUUACCCCCAUUCAAUGAUCCCCGUCACUUGAAAUUCGAAGUACCCUCCCUCUGGGGCAUCCACCCUCUUUGGGAAUGAAUGUAUGAAAUGCCAAAGGAAAAUCUGUGCAGGUAUGUUAUCCAGAAUAAAGCAACGUUUUCAAACAAUUCUUUUAUUUUUGCUUAUGUUUAACUGUUUUGCCUUUUUUAGAAUAACGGCACACAUCAAUGUGGUAAGAGCUUUACUCGGUCAGAUGAGUUGCAGCGUCACCUGAGAAUCCACACAAAAGAAAAGGCAUACAUGUGCAAUGUAUGCCAAAAGGCUUUUGGCCGCAGUGAUCAUCUGAGCAAGCACCUUAGAACUCAUGACACCAGUAGGAAAAAGAAUGUUCAGGAUAAGGACAGUGAUGGUCAAGAACCUUGCCACGCGGAUGGUACAAAACUCCAUUGUGAUGUUGAUGAUAACGAUGAUGUGUUUGAUGAUGAUAACAAAAAAAAUAAUAGAGCUCAUGGACAGAUUGACACUUGAUUGAAAGGAUGGAAAACCUUUGGUUAUAAAAAUAUUCAAAACAAGUUUCAAAGAGGCCAGAAGUUGAAUGGCAAUCAGACAAUCACUUCAACUUCACAAUGCACACGGUUCUUUGAGGAGGAGUGGAUUCUAUAAAUAAUAUUUGAAAUAUUAUUUAGAAUAAUUUUUGUUAUAUAUAGCUUGAUUGAAGCACAGU